AUGCCCGUCGCGAAACGCGGUCUCGUCGCCCCACAAAACACCUUCCUAGAGAACGUCAUCCGACGAUGCAACAAUACAGACACGUCGUUCAUUCUGGCCAACGCACAAGUUGUUGACUAUCCGAUCGUCUACUGCAAUGACGGUUUCUCGAAACUUGUCGGCUAUUCGCGAGCGGAAAUUAUGCAGAAACCGUGCUCGCUGGAGUUUCUUCACGGAGAUCACGGAGACGCUUCGAACUUCGCUAGGAUUCAGGAAGCGCUGGACAACGGCCGCAUCGACCAGGCUGAAAUUGCACUCUGCAAAAAGAACAAGACACCAAUUUGGCUGCUCGUACAUCUGGCUCCAAUAAAAAAUGACAAGGACUCCAUAGUGCUCUAUCUAUGCCAAUUCAAAGAUAUUACGCCAUUGAAGCAGCCAUUGGAUGACGAGAAUAACAAGGGUCUGUCGCGUAUUCUACAAAUCGCCCGAAUCGCUAAAUCUAAGCAGCAGUUCAAUCAGAUUGAGACCAAAGAUCUUCACAAGGCCACCACAUCUAUUUCAUCGAACUUCACCCAGGUGAUGAACCUUGGUGGUGAUAUGCUGCCGCAAUAUCGUCAGGAAACACCGAAGACCUCACCACACAUCAUACUGCAUUAUUCGACGUUCAAAACUAUCUGGGAUUGGUCGAUUUUGGCGUUAACGUUUUAUACAGCGUUUAUGGUUCCAUUCAAUAUUGCCUUCAAAAACAGCCUUAAACCAUUUCUCAUGCAACCGUUCAGGGAAUAUCCGGGUGGUGGCAUUGACUCUGUUGCAUUAAUGGAUUCGAUUGUCGAUGUCAUAUUUUUUGCUGAUAUUUUGUUAAAUUUUCACACUACAUUUGUUGGUCCGGGUGGUGAGGUUGUGAUAGACCCAUCGAUAAUUCGACAAAACUAUUUCAAAUCUUGGUUUUUAAUCGAUCUCUUAUCAUGCUUGCCUUACGAUAUAUUUUAUAUGUUCAAAAGAGAUGACGAGAGGAUCGGUAGCCUAUUCUCAGCGCUGAAGGUGGUUCGAUUGUUACGACUAGGUCGAGUAGCUCGGAAGCUAGAUAACUAUCUGGAGUACGGAGCCGCUACUCUUCUGCUUCUCUUGUGUGCCUACGUCCUGGUGGCGCACUGGCUAGCUUGCAUAUGGUUCAGCGUUGGUGAAUACGAAGUUCGCAUCAAGGUGGACAACCCAUUAUUUCCUGAUGGCUGGUUGUUUCGACUGGCUAAUGACCUCAAGUCCCCGUACAACAUCAAUCUGUCAAAUCGAACUCGACUAGUUGGCGGACCUUCAAGGACGAGUUCCUAUAUCUCGUCGCUUUAUUUCACGAUGAGCUGUAUGUCAACAGUCGGCUUCGGAAAUAUUGCCAGCACAACCGACAACGAGAAGGUGUUUGGAGUCUGCAUGAUGAUCAUCUCCGCUCUGCUGUAUGCGGCUAUAUUUGGUCAUAUGACGACGAUCAUUCAACAAAUGACAUCUGCAACAGUAAGGUAUCACGAUAUGAUCAGUAAUGUUCGGGAGUUCAUCAAGUUGCAGGAGGUGCCAAAGGAAUUGGCUGAACGUGUGAUGGACUACGUAGUGUCGACUUGGGCAAUGACGAAAGGCAUUGACACUCAGAAGGUUCUCGGUUAUUGUCCGAAGGAUAUGAAAGCCGACAUUUGCGUGCACCUGAAUCGAAAAGUCUUCAAUGAACAUUCCUGUUUUCGUCUUGCCUCCGAUGGAUGCCUUCGUUCCCUCGCAAUGUUUCUUGAGUCUAAUCAUGCCGCUCCUGGCGAUCUUCUCUACCAUACCGGAGAGUCGGUCGACGCGCUGUGGUUCGUCGUCAGUGGAUCAUUGGAAGUGAUACAAGACGAGGAAGUUGUAGCGAUUUUAGGAAAGGGAGACGUAUUUGGAGACGAAUUUUGGAGGAACAAUGGUUCAACAGGCCAGUCAGCUGCCAAUGUUCGAGCGCUCACUUACACCGAUCUGCAUGUGAUCAAAAAGGAUAGGCUUAUGGAGGUUUUGAAUUUCUACAAGGCAUUCGCAAAUUCAUUUGCCAGGAAUUUGGUGCUUACGUACAACCUGACGCAUCGCUUGAAAUUUCGGAAGGUGGUAGAUGUCAAGCGUGAAAAGGAAUUGAACGCGAGACGGAAGAACGAGAAGAUCACGUUACCACCCGAUCAUCCUGUUCGAAAGCUGCUCUUCCGUAUGAGAGAGCGGCAUGGACCCAGGAUAUUUCCCAGCCCAAUGUUCGCUGAUAUUGAAAAGGGAUUGAAAAAACAGAACGUGGAUAUGGAUCGAAUCUCAUCGGUGCAUUCAAUGGUGGAUGAGACGUCGAAUCUGCUCGCAUCCAGCCAUUGGUCGCGAUCACCACGAAAUGGACAGAAAAACAAACGAGCGCCAUUGCUUAAGCGGCAAACAGUUGAUGACGAUGCGCUCUCGAGAACCAGUUGGGGAGCGGGCAAUGGCGAACAGAAACAGAAAGAACGACACGAAACGUCGUUGACUAACAUCCGAUCUGAGAUGAGGUCGAAAUUCGACUUGAUUAACGACAAACUUAGCGUGGUCGAACAAAUCAACUCACGACUGCAGACUCUUGAGCGGCUCAUUCUUCAAUUGAGGAACAGCCCUGGAGGUGCGCUCAAAUUUGUUUUUUUCCUAAUUGAAAAAAUUCUGCAGAUUUAUCUAGGUGGAUAA